AUGAAACACACUCCAUCUGUACAGGCUCUUCCGUUGAACAAAUCAGUCCUCAGCCUAGCGGUGUAUGUUUUGCGUGAGGCAUAUCACACUUAUAUCACUGGGCUCGGUCUUCUGGAAAAGGACUUUGGCGAGCCAAGCUUGAUUUUGGGGUACCGUCUACCGGAUCAAUAUGUUUUGAUAAACAUCGAUGGGAAGCAGCUCAUGGGGUUUAACAUUGUCGCCGGAGACCACGCAAUCUACGCAAUACAGGCAGUUUUCAAAGGAGGCUCGAGCAGAUGGGUGGGUAACACAGAUGGUUGCAAGAGAUGUCAGUGGAUUACUGGCCUAAAUACCGGUUCCAACACGCACCGCGAUGUGCCGAGAUUAGUGCGCCUCACCACGGAGAAGGGUGUCCAGGCACUUCGGGGAAAGCUCGACUACUGCAAAUUGAUCGGGUUUGCUGUACCAUAG